AUGUCAACGGACAUUGCAAAUGCGAGUAAAAAACCAUCAGCACCCUCAUCCACUCCACAAACGCCUGCUGAACAAUGGAGUGUUUCUGACAUCCACAAUGAAAAUCCCCAAGCUGAUGCGCAACCGCCACCAGCACUGUCUUCAAAGUCUAAGCGACGUGUCCGCUUCCCCGAGGACGACUCUUUAGUCGUUGGCUACUUGGAUCCCUUUGUGCCCACUUCGGACAACUGCACUAGCGAUGAGCUGAUUUCCGCGUACACCGCCUCUUGUAAAUACUAUAAGGUUGCUCCGAUCGAGUUCCUCCUGGAGCAGUUAAGAGGAAUUGACCUGUCAAUAUGCAAUGAGCGUUACAGCCGGCUCAGCCUUAAGGGUAAGUUUUUUUAA